ACCACUGGGAAAACUGUCUCUCUCAUUCCCGUGCGCCUGAACGCCUCACGGUGCUAGUACGCUCUUUGAGUUAGCACUGAACUUCUCUGACGGUGUCGAAGGCGUAUCCAGUUGAAAUCCAGAAAAUAUUAUGGCCACUAAUAAAGUUGCCCCAGGUUCCGAUGACUCUUGUGGGGCUGCUAAGAAUCAAGACACUUCUAUCCAAGUCCGGUUUCUACAGGUUCCACUCAAAGGUGGGCCCAUCACCACCCAACACACUGCCCCAAAAGGCGAACGUGUCAGUCCUCCACAGGAAGUCAUGUCCAUGGGCCAGGGGUCCCAACCAGCAUCUUGCCCUGGUAAUGCCCUGGUCGCCACUCGCACCACCCCUUCUUCUGUGAUGGUGGUGUCAAAACCCUCAACACAAGGAGGGGUGAGACUUUCCAAUCCCACCCCAGGGAGGACAGUGACAAUAACUGUACCCAGAUCAGCCGCUUCACAACUAGUUGCCCCUGCACAACCUCGUGCCUCAGCACCACAGCUACCAACCAAUGUUCAAAUACCAGCAGGUAUGAUGCUGAUCAGCAGUGACAGUGGUCAGCUAAUGCUGGUUUCUCAGCAAGCAAUAAUGCAGGCUCAACAGGGGGCAAGAAUUGUGAGCAGUCAAGCACCCAGAGUCACGACCCAACAGAUAUCUACAGCUGUGGGAAGCAAAAGUAAUGAGAAAGUAACAAUGAUCAGGAGGGCAGCCCCAUCCACCUUCCACACUGCACCACUUCAGGAGACAGCUUUGGUGCUAAAGACUGGGCAGGUGAUUGGUGUUGCUACUAAACCAGCUGUAGUCCUGGGUCACGGCACCAUGUCUGAACGAGGAACGCGUCCUCACACUCAGUCAGCAUCAACGGACACUAAAAAGGAGCCACAGAUCACUUUCAAUAAGGAGAGCAUGGAAAGUGUGAAAAAGUGUAAGAAUUUUUUGGUUACGCUGAUCAAGCUAGCUUCUAGUGACUCAAGAUCUCCCAACAUGGCUGACAACGUGCGAGGACUGGUGAAGAAUCUGCUGGAUGGAAAGAUUGAAGCUGAAGAGUUCACAGAACGGCUCUAUGAUGAACUGAAGUCAACUCCACAACCCUGUCUUGUACCUUUUCUGAAGAAAAGUCUUCCAGCAGUGCGUUUGUUUACUGCAGACCCCCAGCUAUUCAUCCAGCAGGCUUCAUCUUCAGUCUGCAAGUCAAGAACUGUCUCCUCCAAUUCAAAGCUGCUGAUGCCUAAUGCAGGAGACACUAUCAAGACCAGUCAACAGCAGGCUAAAGGACUGGCUCUGAGACUUGGAUUAAUGGCUGCCCAGUCCAGAAAUUGCAUAUCUACUAAAACUGGGCCCACCACGAAACCUGCAGUGGUUCAGUUGGGAAAACAAAUGCCAGGAACAUUUUCAACGCCUCAGUCUGUCGUUCUGGAUCCAACUCAGUCUACUAAACGUGCAUUCAAAGAAACUCCAGGAUGUUACAAAGAAGAUGAUGAUAUUAAUGAUGUAGCCUCCAUGGCUGGAGUCAACCUCAGAGAGGAGAACGCUCAGAUCUUGACCACAACAGUAGGGUCUGUGGUGCAGUCAUGCCACGAUCAGCUAUUCCUUUCACCAUCCUCACUACUCAGCCAAAUUCUGCAUACAGGACAGGCAGUGGGAGUGACCGAUGUUGGUCCAGAGGUCGUUGCUUUGGUAUCUCAUGCUGCUCGGGAGUAUCUGUGUGGGCUAGUAGAGAAGCUCACUGUUAUAGCAGAACACCGCAAGGCAGGACUCAAGCAGGAUGAGUGGCACACCAACCACAGUGAUGUUCGCUCUCAGCUUCGCUUUCUGGAGGAAGUUGAGAGAUUGAAGAAGAAAAGGAAAGAUGAAGAGGAGAGAGAGAAAUUGCUACGUAUGGCCAGAAGUCGCUCACACUCUGAGGAUCCACAGCUUCAACAACUCAAGCAAAGGGCCAAAGAGCUUCAACAGAUUGAGGAAGCUCAGCUGCAACAAAAAGAAGCAAAUCUUACAGCUCUGGCUGCCAUUGGGCCUCGCAAGAGGAGAGCCAUGGAUCAGGCAGAAAGUCAGGUUACUCUGCUGCCCAGACCAGUUGUUCAGAGAGUGACUCGGAUAACUUUAAGAGAUCUGCUCUUGUGUAUGGAGCAGGAGCCUUUUCUACGACACUCUCUAACCCACUAUAAAGCUAUGCUUUGAUUUGUCUGAACAGUUAGAGGCUGAUUUCUCUUUAUUUACAAUACACAGUCUGGGUAUGUUUAGUGUAUGGUUUGGGGGUAAAAUUACCUCAUUGUAUGGUCCAAAAGUUGUCCCAGAAACAAGGUUCAUACUUGUUGCUACAGUUUGGGUUUAGUUUAUUUAGGAAGAAACGAAAGGUUGCUAUUAAUGAACUUGAGUUGUUUUUCUGUUUACUUGUUUUUUUUUGUUGUAAACUAAGUUAAAAAUGUUCUUCUAUAAGUUAAAUUUGUUUGUUUCAAUAUUAAAUUUAAAUGAGAAAAAUAUUUUGUA